CUACCCGCCCUUGUUAGAUGCCAGGAUGUGAUACAAAGGAGACCAAGAUGAAUUAUUUCAAAACUAUCCCACUUACAAAAGGGUUUGCAAGCUUGUGCAACCACAUCUUCAUUUUUUUACUUAGUCUCUCGAUUUUAUUUUUAUUUUCAUUUAUUUAUUUAUUUUUUUAGUCAUGCAUUAAGUUCUAAAAUAGUUGUACAAUUUAUAGGUCACACCAAUGGUGUCUGGGGUCGGGGCUUUUAAAUGAGUGCUCUCUGUAUCGUUUUCUUUAAACCACAACUUGGCAUUUGAACUGCACGGAGUCAUGGAAGACUGUAGUAGCAGCCAUGUGACAGAAGCAGCGCCCCCAAAGGAAGGGGAAGCUGCUGAUGCCCUCUCUGACAACACAUAUGUCAGCACUGCAGGAGAAGGUGAGGUGACCUUGGACACCAGCAUUUAUGGUUACAUCAAGCAAGACCUUUUUACGUCUGAGAUCUUCAAGGUGGAGAUCCGGAAUCUGCCAAAGUUCAUUGGCUUCAAUGACCUGAAGAAGUUCCUAGCCAAGCAUGGCCUCAACCCGCACAAAAUCAAGCUUUUUGGCAAGCACACAUUUGCUUUUGUCACCUUUAAGAAUGAGGAGGAGCGCAACAAGGCCGUGAAGAUGGUACACGGCAUGCAGUGGAAGGGCCAGGUGUUAAGUGUCAAACUGGCCAAACCUAAAGCUGAUCCCAUCCAAAGGAAAAGGAAGCAGGAGGAGGCAGAAGGGCUGCUCGGGCAGCCUCCUUCCAAGCAAGCAGAAGGGAAUGACAAGGAGGAGCCACCGAGUGUCCAGAUUGCCAAUGUGGUGACUCCCCUGUGGAAUGUUCCUUAUGAGCAGCAGCUGAAGAGGAAGGAGGAAGAUGUGGUAGCGGUUCUGCAGAGGCUGGCCAAAGAGAUUGCAAGCACCAACAGAGCCAUGGUGCCCUGGCUCUUUGAGGGGAAAGGAAAACAAAACAGAAUGUGUUGUCCUCUGGAAGCUAUUUGUCCAUCCCCUACACAGACGGAGUAUAGAAACAAGUGUGAGUUCCUCAUCUCAGUGGGCGCGGACGGGGAGGAUAAGACUAUCGGCUUCCGCCUAGGGAAAUAUAAAGGAGGCUCCUGUGCUGUGGUGGGGCCGGCGGAGGUGUGCCACGUCUCAGCCGAGGCCAAGAAAGUUGUACACGCGUUUCAAAAAUUCAUCAGGUCAACGCCUUACACUGUGUAUAGUCCUGAAAUGUAUGAAGGACACUGGAAGCAGUUGACUGUUCGGACCACCAGGACCAAACAAGCAAUGGCUAUUGUGUUCUUCAACCCACAGAAACUUAGAGAAACAGAACUUGGUGCAUUAAAGAACUCCAUGAAGGAGUACUUCUCAGAAGGAGAGGGCAAAGACAGCGGCAUCACCUCUCUUUACUUUGUCAGAGAGGGCCAAAGGAAAUCUCCCAAUGUUGAAGACUUGCCCUGUGAACUGGUAGCAGGAGAUUCCUGGAUCCACGAGGAGCUUCUUGGUUUGACAUUUAGAAUUUCUCCCCAUUCAUUCUUCCAGGUAAAUACUGCAGGAGCGGAGGUUCUGUACUCUGCAGUUGGGGAAUGGGCACAACUUGAUCAGGACAGCAUAGUUCUGGAUGUGUGCUGUGGGACAGGAACUAUCGGCAUUUCUUUGGCAAAGAGGGUCAAGAAAGUAAUUGGGAUUGAACUUUGCCAGGAGGCAGUUGAGGAUGCCAAAGUUAAUGCAAAACUAAACGGGCUCAGCAAUGUCGAGUUCCACUGUGGGAAAGCUGAAGAUUUAUUCCCCAAUAUUCUCAGUGCUCUUGUGUCACCCAAAGUCACAGCCAUUGUGGAUCCACCGAGGGCGGGCUUACACUCCAAGGUGAUACUAGCCAUCAGGCGAGCAGAGCAUCUGAAGAGGCUGAUUUAUGUGGCGUGCAAUGCUAAGGCAGCCAUGAACAACUUCAUUGACCUGUGCAGGUCACCGUCCAACAGAGUUCACGGAGCACCGUUCCAGCCAGUGCGAGCCAUCGCUGUUGAUAUGUUUCCUCAGACCACACACUUUGAGAUGGUUAUGCUCUUUGAGAGAGUGGACUACAACUCCCAGCAGCAGAUGAACAAUCAGAAAGAAGCUCUAUCUUCAUCUUAGUUCCUUUGCAUAUCUAUGCUCAAACAUUGAAUUGUAACAUUUACAUUAUUUUGUGUUGAUGUCCAUCCUUUAAAUUGCUUACUAUCCCAAAUGCACCAAGUUUCCUUGUUUUAAUAAGUGUUUUACUCAUGCUUUCAAAUCAAUCACAAAAACUGCCUUUUACCAUCUGAAGAACAUAUCUAGAGGGAAGGCUUGUGUGUGUCAAGCAGACCAGAAAAAGUCCAUGCAUGCUUUUAUCUGAAGUAGACUUGACUCCCCAAAAAGAGCAUUAAACUGCUGCAGCUCACGUUCUGACUAGAAGAAAGCGGUCAGGGCAUAUAUCUCCAAUUCUAAAGUCCUUACACUGGUUUCCAGUCAGCUUUAGAAUAGAUUUUAAAAUUUCGGCUAUUGGUCUAUUAAUCACUAAAUGGUUUUGGUCCUGAAUAUAUGAAAGAAAUGCAAAUGGAAUACAAACCAAGUCGAGCUCUGACAACACAGGUCAAAUAGUGAAGCAGCAUUUACCUAUUGUGCUGCACACAUGGGAUAAGUUGCCAACUGAGGUGAGUUCAGCCCCAAGUGUGAAUAUUUUUAAAUCCAGGUUGAAAACUUUGCAUGCUUUUAAAAGUAUUUCAACUUAAUAUUUCUUGCACUGUAUGUUUUUAAAUGUGCAUUGUACUUUUAUUUUUCAUUUGUCACCACCGCCCCUGUGUAUUCAAAUGCUUCAUGUAACGCACAUUGAGAUACCUUGUGUAUUAAGUGCUAUAUACAUUUUUUUCUUUACUUAAGUUAGGUUCAUUCUAUUGAAAUU